GCCCCUCCUGGGAGAUCUCACUUCAGAACUGCUGCUGGGACAAGACCUGGGGCCAGAGCAGAAGAGACAGGGACCAUGGCCGAACACUUUAAAGAAGUAAGCAGGUGUCUCGUGUGCCUGGCUUACCUCGAAACGCCCAUGUACCUGAAAUGUGGCUACGUCUGCUGCCUGCGGUGCCUGGAUUCGCUGCAGAGGGAGCCCGACGGGGCGGGCCUACUGUGCCCCUCCUGCUCCGUGGUCUCUCAGAAGGAGGACAUCAGGCCCGGAAGCCAGCUUGGGAGGCUGGUUGCAAAGAUCAAGGAGUUAGAGCCCCAGCUGCGAGCUGUUCUACGGAUGAACCCAAAGAUACGCAAGUUCCAAGUGGACGUGACCUUGGACGUUGACACGGCCAACGGCUACCUCGUCAUUUCUGAGGACCUGAAGAGUGUCCACUGCGGGUGUUCCAGACAGAACCGGACGCCCCGGGCCGAGAGAUUCGACUAUGCCCUCUGUGUGCUGGGCUCCCCUGGGUUCUCCUCUGGCCGCCACUACUGGGAGGUGGACGUGGGGACCAGCAAGGAAUGGGAUGUGGGUGUUUGCAGAGACUCUGCUCAUCGGCAAGGGCCGGUUCUGCUGUCCUCAGAGUUUGGCUUCUGGACGGUGGGUCUGAGGACAGAUCUCUUCCAAGCCGGCACCAUGCCUGUGACUGUUCUCUCGGUGAGCCCCCGGUUACACCGCGUAGGGGUCUUCCUGGAUAUGAAUUUUGGCACCGUUUCCUUUUACCACGUUAGCGACGGAUCCCACAUUUUCACAUUCACUGAAAUUCCUGCCGCGGAGACGCUGCGUCCGUUUUUUGCUCCUGGGAAUCCGACCACGGACCGUCAAGAAGUCCUGAGAAUCUGUCCUGUGAGGAGCCCAGGCGUUGCCGGCAACCCCACGGGUUCUGGGCAGAGCAAAUGAACCUCCGAUACAGAACAUUUGUAGAGAAUUCUCGUGUGCUCACAGCCGGAGCCGGGAACUCUCCUGCCAGUUACGUGCGUGGUGCAGAUGUGGCAGGAAAACACGCAACGGCUGGUGAAUCCUGAACGCUAAUUACAUCAAAGCAUUUAAGCGUCAGCACAGUUGUCUCUCUGGGGACUUGUUCCUAUUUCUGUUCCGAUGACUGGGUUCUGAGUUUUCAGAUCAGUUUCUGAGUGUUUUUUAUUUUCUGCAGUAUUAACUUAGUGUGUAAUGGAGGUUAUAAACGAAAUAAAAACUUGGAUGUGACCCAACGGGUUAAUUGACUUUCUAGGUGAUGUGUGGACCAAGACCUAUGUAAAGAGUAAAAAUGUG